AUGGCUGAUACCCUUGUGCCGCCAAAGCCCUUGGGGCAGGAUAACAACCGCGACUCGAUUGCGACGAGUGCUGCGAGUUCGUACAAGGCACCUAUCUCUGGGUCCCCUUCGCACACCUCGCUGCCUGUGCUGCCCUCGGCGGAAGGCCGACCGCGCAAGAAGCGAAAAGCCGUAUGGGCGGCAGUUGCGCUCGCUGCUCUUGCAGUCAUUGUUGUUGCUGUUGUCGUCCCAGUCUACUUCAAGGUUGUCAAGAAAGAUAGCUCAACUGCUUCGAGUGCUAGCAGCAGCGGCUCUUCAACUACCAGCGCUGCAUCACCCGAACCAACUAGCGGCAACCCUACGAACAACGUGAUCACUACCGGCGAUGGCUCUACUGUUACCAAAGACGACGGAACUACCUUCACUUACACGAACAAGUUCGGAGGCUAUUGGGUCUUCGAUCCUGCCAACCCCUUCAAUAACUCGGCCCGUGCUCAGAGCUGGUCCCCUCCGCUUAAUGAGCCUUGGAGGUACGGUGUUGAUCAGAUCCGUGGAGUUAACUUGGGUGGAUGGCUUGUUCUUGAACCGUUCAUUGCUCCUGCAUUGUACGAGCCUUACCAGCCCCAGGCUGUUGACGAAUGGACCCUCUCCGAGGCUAUCGCCGCCAACGCCUCGUCCGGACUGCAGAAGGUUUUAGAAGAACAUUAUGCGACCUUCAUUACCGAGGAAGACUUUGCACAAAUCGCCGCUGCGGGCCUAAACUGGGUUCGUGUCCCUCUUCCGUUCUGGGCCGUUUCGAAGCUUCCAGAAGAGCCGUUCCUUGAACGUGUAUCCUGGAAGUACUUCUUGAAGGCUAUCGAAUGGUGCCGCAAGUAUGGUCUCCGCAUGCAACUCGAUCUCCAUGCGAUCCCCGGUUCUCAGAAUGCUUUCGAUCACUCUGGCAAGCGAGGCAACAUCAACUUCUUGCGAGGCAACAUGGGUUUGGCAAAUGCUCAACGUGCUCUCAAUGUCAUUCGCUCAAUUACCGAAUUCAUUUCUCGUGACGAGUACAAGGAUAUCGUACAGAUGUUCGGUGUUAUGAACGAGCCUGCGAGCCAAGCGAUUGGCAUGGAUUCUCUUACUAGCUUCUACGUGGAGAUGCACGACAUGAUGCGUACUCUUACUGGUGCUGGAAAGGGUCCUUGGAUUUCUCUCCACGAUGGAUUCGACUUCGCCGCUCAUACCGCCGCUGGCUUCAUGCCGGUGCCGAUCGCCUUGCUAUCUCUGCCCAUUUACCCGGCUCCCGUCACCCAAUGGUCCAACCGUUUCAACUCUUCUCUGGACAGGGGUAUUUUCGUAUCUGCCGGAGAAUUUCUCUUGGAUUCAAUGAUUGCGCGUACUUACUUCCUGAACGGAGCUAGCUCUGGAUAUCGUUACGACGGUACUCUUCCUACCUACAAUGGCCCCCGCAUCGGAUCAUGUGCACCCUGGUUGGACUCCAGCGAGUGGACCGACGAGACCAAGGAACUUGAAGCAGCUUGCUCUUUCGAGUAUGGACUCCAUGCAGAAUUGGUUCUUCUGGACUUGGAGAAUCGCUCGGCCUUGAACGUGGGUACAUGCCCACCGAUCCGCGCACCGCUGCUGGAUCCUGCGGAAACUCCGACCCUCGCACUACGACCACUUUUACUCCUCAUACUCAAAACAGUAUCACCCGCUGCUUACCGCGCCGCUCACCCCUUCCCUCCCACGAACAUCGUCGACUCCACUAACCUCGCUGUUUAUCCCGAGACUGGUACCCCAGUCAUUCUGCCCGGGCCCGAGUUCAAGGGGUUCAAUGUCCCGACCACUCAGAGUGGGACAUGGGAGCACGAUUAUCAGCCAGUUGCUGGGUGUACGUACCCUGACCCUUGGAACUCCGUGGGAGCAGCUGUGCCAGCGUGCGCGGCGGCGGGUGGAAGGAAGCGCUUCGUCAAGGAGCCCAGGCACUAG